UGACAUCAAGAUCAAGUUCAUUCUCCCAGCUGAUGUGAUGUGUUAAGAGUGAACGAGAGUGCCAGAAUGGGCGACACACUGUUCAUAUGUUCUACGUUUCUAAAGUAAGCUGGUAAUAUAUAAAGGAGAACGAAGAUACAUUGCUGGCUAGAUGACUCGUGCUGGCAGAUUCCUUCUAAAGUAAUUCUCAAGAGUAUAUAAAAGGUCACAUUCAUCAGCAAUGGCUGUCACUGCGUUAUCCAGAACACUGAUGACCAGCUGCCGGGUCUUUCUGCAGACCCCCCAUAGCUGUGUGUCACUUCCUGCACCCACUCAGUGUUUCAACCUGUCCCUGAUCUCAUUCCCGCGGCACCCACACUCAGUUCCCAAGCUGUGGAGUAAGGGAAGAAUGUGCUUACAAGUCAAUCCUGCGCCGAGAGUGAGGAGUGCCAGGACGUAUUGCCAGACCAUCACAUCAUACAGGACUAUCAGAAAAAAUCUGCUGCAGAGUAUUCAUAGAGCACUGCGGAGAGCUCACGGCCCCAAGAGUAAGCUGGGCAUUUGGACAUGGUGUGGCACUCCUCUCUGCAUGGCGUUUCUGGCACCACCGGCGACACAGGAAGCCCAGAAGGAGGUGCCACAGUUACCCGUGCAGCCCAUGGUGAAGCCCAAGAAGAAAGGGUGGUUGCCGCAGCUCUUCGUCAGUCUGUAUGAGUUCCUGAACCUGUGUCUUCGUGCCCUGCGACUGGCAGUGACAUUCACGCCCAUCCUGAUGCUGUACCCCGUCACCUACCUGGGCAGCACGGCCACAGAUGCAUGGUGGGCUCUGAUGCUGGCAGCAAUUGAGGUAUCCGGCCCCAUCCUCAUCAAGUUGGGUCAGUGGGCAUCAACACGCCGAGACCUGUUCCCUGAGUCCUGCUGCUCCCAGUUCUCUCGGCUCCAGCGGCGCAUCAAACCCCACUCCUGGCGCUUCACUGUCUACCGGAUGAAGAGAGCUUUUGGCCCCAACUGGAGAAAGAUCUUCGUCAAGUUUGACAAUGACGGAAACCCAAUCGGUUCAGGCUGUGUGGCCCAGGUGUACAAGGUGUGGAUGAGCUCCGAGGCGAUCGCUGAUGAGGAGAUUCUGGAGGAGAUCCUUGCAGACAUGGACGACGAGACUGUUGUGGAAGGUAUGGAGGUGCUGGGGGAUCGGCUGUUUGGUCUUGGUCUUCACCUCCUUGGGCUGGGCAGCAAAACAGACCCAGAUAAUCCCCAGGCCUUGAGUGACUACCUUCGGCAGAGGGAAGAGAAGAGAAACAUGGAGAGGGAGAGACAGAGGCUGCUGGAAGAGGCUGAAAAAGCUGCACAAGCGACUCAGGAGCCCCAAACAUCAGAAGAGGCAGGCCAGGAGCCCCAGUCAUCAGGUCAUGAGAGUGACACCCCAUCAGAGGAAGCCCAGAUAGCUGUAAGUCCAGAGGAAGCAGCAGAGGCACAGGCACAGGCACAGGAGGGGGAAGAUGUAGAAGAAGCACCUGCACACCCACUUGUAGAGGAGUGGCAAGAGGCAGAGCUGGACAAGUCAUUGCCAAUGUGUGACGCGCCACCCGAGGACCUGGAGGGCCUGGUGCCGGUGGCGGUGAAGGUGAUGCAUCCCGGCAUGGAGCAAGCCUUCAGGAGAGACCUGACGAUCCUGCGGACAUGUGCAAGCAUCGUUACUGCCCUCGUGCCCCCCCUCAGGUGGCUCUCCCUCCCGCAGUGUGUGGAUGAGUUUGCCCAAGUCAUGUCAGCUCAGAUCAAUCUCAAGGUGGAAGCAGACAACCUUGAGAAAUUUUCCGAAAACUUUUCUGAUGUUCCCUUCAUCAAGUUCCCUCGGCCACUGAGACCGUAUGUGACAACCAAGGUGUUGGUGGAGACCUUUGAGGAGGGCGAGGCAAUGCUGGAUGUGUUGAGGAGCCCCGAGGAAGGCGAUGCAGACCAGCUCAAGAAGCGCCUGGCAGAGAUUGGUGUGGACGCUCUCCUGAAGAUGGUGUUCGUGGACAACCUGGUACAUGGAGAUCUGCACCCCGGCAACAUGGUGGUGCAGAACAUCACCUCUGGAGCUGCUACCGGGGACCAAAUGAGGGUGAUGAUGGUGGACAUUGGCUGCGACACCUUUGUGAUGGACGUGCAGCCAGACCCCAAUCCACUGCGUAUCUGCUUCCUGGACUGCGGCAUCACAUCCAAGCUUAGCAAACAGAACCUGGUCAACAUACGCUCUGUCUUCAAGCAAGUCGUUCUUGGAGAUGGGGAGUCCGUGGCAGAGUUGUUCCUGGAGCACAGUGAACACCAGUGUGCCGACCCUCAGGCCUUCAGAGAGGAGGUGGACAGCUUGGUGCAGGCAGCCCGGGAGAGCACAGUGUCUCUGAGCCAGGUGGAUGUUGGCGUGUUGCUGCAGCAGGUGCUGGGCGUGCUUCUCAAACACAAGGUGCGGCUAGAGUCGGCCUUCAGCGCAGUGGUCUUGGCAAUAUUUGUACUGGAAGGCCUGGGUCGUGCCCUGGACCCUAACAUGGACAUCUUGGAGCGGGCACGACCCAUCCUGGUGACCAAUGCUAUGUCCUAAGGUGGCGAGAACCCUGCACACCAGGUGGACCAAUGGUAGGUAGGUGGUGUGCUCUAGGUGACAUUUUGCCAGUUUUUAGCAUAAUGUACAUUCUUAACUUCUCAGCCCAAACUGGAUCUUCCCAUGCAGCCCUCUAGACACUACCAACAGUGUAUAGACCAUCGUGUUUAGUUCAGUCAUUCAUCACAUGUGAUAUUUUGAGUUAGCGAGCACCGAGUUAAUUCUGAAGGCAAAAUUAACCUAAAAAGAAAAAGUUAUCUUUGUAUAGAUAUUUGGAGAAAGCCAUGAAUCUUGUUUAAGUUGUUAUCACUUACCACGGCUGCAUUCACCCACUGAUCUUGGCAUCCUCAGGGUGCAAACAGCAGAAGACAUUCUGUUGAUGGCCUACCAUAGAGGGAUUGUUUACCACCUCAGUAUGUGAGUAGCUAUGUUAAUAUUUGUUGGGGAGAUCCUAUCAUCAUUUGAGCCCUAUUUCAUGUGUAUUCUGAAUGUCAUGUCAUGUUUAUUGUGGGUUUGCCAUUCAUUAAAUUUUUAAUAACACCAUGUAGCCUGAAGAUCUCAACGUCUCAAAAGUGUUUUUCCAUAAUAAGUGCAAUAUAGGUGUCUAAGUUAGAAGGUAUUGCCAUAUUUGCCAUGAAAGCUUUAAAAAGAUUAGGCUUUAGAUGAGCAGGAAUAGAUGGAAUACAUCCUGAAGUAUUUGGACAGCAUGAGUAUGUCUCUUUGAAGUGCUUUACUUGUUGAUAUGAACAAAUUGUGCCAGAAUAGGCUUUUAUGUGGCAUUGCUUUAUAACUACAUUAAUUUUCUCAGGAAGGUUUAAUUUAUUUAUAAAGUAGUCUAAGGAAUAUUAAUUUUGACAUGACUGUUUUGUAUUUAGGUUAUUUCUAUUUAUUUACUUGACAGCUACGUCAUGAAUGCCUAGAUGAGGAUUGGCAGGAAUGUCUUCAUGCAUUUUGGUAUACUUUGGUUCAUUGCUGAUGUUGUUGGGCAUACUUAUGGGGAACAUACUUAUGUGGCAUACUUAUGGAGAAUAUUUAUGUGGCCACAUAAGUAUUCACAGCACUGUACCUCCAACUCCUUGCAGACAGGACUGUUUGCAUCACAGCUGCUCACCUUAUUGUCAAUCAUGCAUUCAGAGCAGGGCAUUUAUGACUGCCACGUGCUUCAGAACCAUUGGAAUAGAGCAACAAGAUUGAGAUACCAGAACUGUAGAAAAUGUAUAUAUUUAUCAUCAACUUCUUAACAUAAAAUGAUUUAUUGUAUAUACAUCAUCAUUCAGGGGAAUUCACAAGUAGGGACACAGCUGUCAACAACUGCACCAAUACCUUACACACUAGUAAAGCCUGGAUAAAUCUGAUCCCCAGUAUUCUCCCAACGAGGCAUGAAUUAAAAUAGGUCAGCCUCAUUAAUGCCUUCUGUCUUAAAUGAUUGUGGAACAAAAACCUCGAGAUGUAACUUACUUUUUUGUGAAAUCAUGUUAUAGAUUAACUUGUAUUUUCUAGUUAAUUUAAGGUAAUAUUGCUGUAAUAGACUCUUUAACUGGGAUGAAGACGAGACAAGUGAGUGGAAAAGGUGGCAAGAAAACCCAGGCUGAAGCAUGAUUACUAUAUUCUCUAACCUUAGCAGAAUGUCCUCAUAGUAGCAGCACAUACACUGUCACUCACAGAUCAGCCUGUGGGAGGGCAGUAAAUGGAUCUCAUUGAUUUGCCUGCUUCAUGUGUCUUCCCGGCCAUGGAGAGUUACCGGGCUAGUUGGUCUGUGAUAGACUGACGCAUCCUUCUCUGUGUCUGGUAACCUCUCACGUACACAUCACAAGGAUAGAGGUCGCCAAUCAUGGAGAGCAUCAGUUUAUCACAGGCCACGGCUUGGCUGAUAACUCUGCAUGACUGAAAAGAUGCUCGGAACAGCCCACUCAACGAGCUCCACUUCCAGACAUAACACUGGCUGAUUGGCAAGCUGUGAAUUAUGUACUGCUACUCUGUGUGGGUGUUAAUUCUCUGAAGACGACAUUGCUAAAUAUUACACAAUAUAGUACUGUAUCAGCUGAGUUCCCUACCAUCAUCAUAUAUAUAUAUAUAUAUAUAUAUAUAUAUAUAUAUAUAUAUAUAUAUAUAUAUAUAUAUAUAUAUAUAUAUAUAUAUAUAUAUAUAUCCAGCUCACAAGCCCCACAGGAUGCCGCCCCACAGACACAUUAGGGACCCCCUCCCCACACACACACACACACACACUGCCUAUUAUCCAUAUCAGACCCUAUGACAUACCGUUUUUCGCAAAUAUCUUUCAAACGAAGACUCGGAUCAGCAUGGGGCUUUGGCACAGAUUGCUUCACACACUCCGCUAAUAUUUGACGCUAUUGUGCAAUGCCAGAUGCAGUUAAUUACGGCGUUUACUCUUGACUGUGAUGGCAAAACCUGCGUGAGCCACUUACACAUUCGAACAGGUGAGGCGUGACGUAUUUGUGACGUGUA